GGGCUUUAAGGCGAUUCCAGAAAAUACGGUACGAUUCUGCAGACGAUUUCACGGAAGAUUUAAAUUCGACGUGGAUUUCUUCGUCGUCAGUUCGAGUUAAGACAGCGUUACCACCUGAUUUUCGGUUUGCUGCGUUGCAGUCUAUAUUUAACUUUUCGUUGGCUCUGUUCGCGCGUGCAUCCAGUUCCUAGUCAGUCAUCGUCAUGACAGCCAAUGAACAAAACAGCAUGGAAGUUGAUCAGCCAGAAGUUCAAGAUUCACCUAAAGCAGAACCUUAUACCCCUGGUCCUGAUGCAGUUGAUCUCACUCCACAAAAAGAUGGUGGUGUACUGAAAGAAAUCAAGCAAGCUGGAACUGGUGAUGAAACUCCUCCUCUUGGCAGCACUGUUUACGUUCAUUAUACUGGAACGUUAACCAACGGCACAAAAUUUGACUCCAGUCGGGAUAGAGGAGAGAAAUUUAAAUUCACCCUCGGCAAAGGCAAUGUUAUUAAGGCAUGGGACCUUGGUGUAGCAACAAUGAAACGUGGAGAACUUUCCGUUCUGUAUUGCAAAUCAAGUUAUGCGUACGGUGAAAAUGGUAGUCCACCAAAAAUCCCCCCAAAUGCCACAUUGGUGUUUGAGGUAGAAUUAUUUGACUGGAAGUUGGAAGAUCUCACAAAAACAAAUGAUGGUGGGAUUUUGAGGCAAACCUUGAAAGUGGGAGUUGGGUACUCGAGUCCCAAUGAAGAGGCUCUUGUUGAGAUUUCGCUGGUUGGCCGUCAUGCAGGAAAAGUAUUCGAUCAACGGGAAGUGAGCUUCAAUCUCGGAGAGGGUUUAGAACACAAUAUACCUGAAGGGGUUGAACAAGCCCUGCUGAAAUUCAAGAAGCAAGAGCGGAGUUUGAUUAAGUUAACACCUGCCUACGGAUUUGGCUCUACUGGCAAUGAACAACUUAGUGUUCCUCCCAACGCCGACCUUGAAUACGAGGUGGAACUCAAGGGCUUUGAAAAAGCCAAAGAAAGCUGGAGCAUGGAUGCCGAUGAAAAGCUAGAACAAGCCAAACUUUGCAAGGAAAAAGGAACCAAUCAUUUUAAAACUGGUAAAUACGCAUUGGCAAACAAGCAAUACUCCAAGAUCGUCAAUCUCCUCGAGUUUGAAAAGACCCUCAAAGAGGAGAAAGCAACCGAGAGAGAGCAGUUGAUGUUAGCAGCAUAUCUCAAUCAGGCCAUGUGCUGCUUGAAGUUGAACGAUUUUACUGCUACUCGUGACCACUGCCAGAAGGCCCUCGAAUUGGAUCCGAAGAACGAGAAGGGUUUAUUCCGUUUGGGACAGUCAAUGUUGGGCCUUCACGAACCGGAAGAAGCCAAGAAACACUUUGAGGCUAUUCUCCAGUUCGAUUCCAACAACAAGGCAGCUGCCAAUCAGGUCGUGAUCUGUAACGCCAAGAUUCGUGAGCAACGGGAAAAGGACAAGAAGCUAUACUCGAGCAUUUUCAACAAGAUGGCCGAAAACGACCGACAGAAGGCGUUACGGAACAAGGCGAUGGAAAUGCCGGAACCGACGCAGUGGGACAAUGAAGAAUCAGAGCACACGAGCGCCGUUGAAUUAAAAGAUCCGUUGGAUUCGGUGCCAUGCACAGAAUCUGAAGACUCUGAGGGAUCAGAUGAAAAUUGAUCUUCGACGGAAAGAUCAACGUGAUUCAGCUCCAUUUAUUGAAAUUUAUUUACUGCGACUUGUUAUCAUGAUCGGAUAUGCCUGUAUCCUCUGUCGAGUUUUCAUUACAGAGUGUUACCAACAAAGAAGUGGAGACGCAAGUAAAAUUACCUGCUAAACAGGCCCCUUCA